GCGAUUUUGCGCUACCGACGACGAUGAGCAACGAGGUCACGAUCGACGACUUUCCCGCUUUGAGGUUGAAGCAUGUGCAUAUUAAAAACGAAGUUGCACUUCUAAAGACAAUAAAUACGAUUUUACGAGAUGGCACGGAUAAUCUGCAGGUGGUUACAGAUUUUGACUUAACGCUUACAAAGCAACAUAUAAAUGGAAGACAUAUACUUAGUAGUUUUGGUAUGUUCAAAAAAUGCAAGCAAUUACCGCAACAUUAUUCAGAUAAGGCUAAGUGCCUGUACGAGAAGUACAGACCCAUGGAGAUAGAUCCAAAUUUGCCCCUCAAUGAAAAAGCAGAUGCUAUGCGCGAUUGGAUGACAGCUGCACAUGAUAUACUAAAAGGUAUCGAAUUCGAUCCUCAUGAGAUAGAAGAAGUAGCCCAAGAAUAUGGCAAUGUAUUACGUGAUGGUACAAAAGAGAUUUUGGAAAAGCUAUAUAAUGCAAGAGUGCCGAUUGUAGUGUUGAGCGCUGGCUUAGGAGAUAUGGUGGAAGCUGUAUUGAAAUACAAUAAUGUUCUCUUUGAUAAUGUAAAAGUAAUCUCUAACUUUCUGAGGUACAAAGGAAAUCAAUUAGAUGGAUUUAACAAUGACGUGCUUAUACAUGCCUAUAAUAAAAAUGAAUGUGCAGUGACAAAAGAUUAUCUAACAGUACUCGGAAAGAGGCGAAAUAUAUUGUUAAUGGGCGAUACGAUUGGUGAUGCAAGUAUGGUAGACGAACUAGAAGAUACCAAAACAGUUUUGAAAAUAGGAUUUCUGUAUGAACAUGUAGAAGCUAGCUUAGACUCAUUCAUGGAAAAAUUCGAUAUCGUUCUCGUCGAUGAUCAAACAAUGCAAGUGCCGAUGGAAAUAUUGCAAAGUAUCUUAUAAUAAUGUCUGUAUCAAUUAAUACUUUUUUAUACUCGCGUGUAUGUAUACAUGUACAUAUCUAUAAAAAUGCUACAUAUAUGUUAGUAUUUUUGCAUACAUGCUUUGUAAUUCAGAGUACAGAAUGAUUUAUUUUACAAUUCAAAUGAAAGUAUAAUUAAAAUUAAUUUAAAUAUAUUUCUUAAUAUAAUUUUUAAUAUUGACAUAUAUAUUUAUAUAUACAGAUUAUGCUCAUCUUUAUCUGGUACAAAGAAUGUAUAUUUUAAAUAAAUUAAAUUUCAUUUUAACUUAUACAAAAUUAAGAAACCAAAUGUACUUGCUAAAAUUUUAUAAAUAUAUAUGUAUACUUGAUGUUUAAUUAUAAUAUCCAUUAUGUAAUUGACACUGAAACUGAAUAGUUUUAUAAAAUUUGAUUGAUUAAUUGU